AAACAGUAUUACUCAUUAUAAGGGAUACCCUGUAACAGCUAAGAAUUUCCUGCCAUUAUGUGUUGUACAGAUACGUCAGAUACUGUUACACAAAUAAAAAACCAAAGCAGAGAUAUUGAUUCAACAAUGUGCCAACCAAGAUUACUCCAAAGAUCUUUAAGUGAUACUGGACAAGGGCCUCUCAUGGUUUCUCGUUCUGUACAAACUGACCCAACACCAGAAAGCACGUGCUUACAUGAGACUGACGAAACGCAAAAAGUCACCAACGCGAAUAAACGGUAUGAAAAUGUUUGCAACAACCUAAAAGAAAUCAAGGAAGAAAUUGAACAACUGAUAUUAGCAGCUGGACUCUCGGGCCCAGCACAACUACCAGAAGUGAUAGAUAGACUCAAAAUAUUUGUUGAAAUAAAAGACAACUCAAAACAAUUAAGACUGGCAAUAGAAAGACUAGAAACAAUGGUCGACAAAACAAUGUCUUCGGAUAUGGACCACAUUAUAAAUCACCAGGAGUUUACGGCAAUACGCUAUGGUACUGCUUUGAGGAAUAUCGAUACUGCCAGUAAAGUUCAAACUGAAAUAAGCUUACAAAAAACUAAAGAAAGCUACAACGUACUUGGUGAUUUAUUGCGACUGCGUAUAUUCCCACAGUCUAAAUCACAAUUUCGUCCACUCAGUUUAAGAAGUUAUUUUGAGAGCUUUUCAAGUGGCACGACAGUAUCCCACGGCGAGUCAAUGUCAAAUGAACUUCUAAGAGUGUCAUCGUAUAGCACUUUCCCACGAGAAAUUAGUAUAAAUCUAAUUAAAAUGGCUAAAACAGGUUUUUACUACAUUGACGGAAGGAAAACAAAGUGCUUUUCUUGUGGAGUUACAUAUGACAAAUGGAAAACUGGUGACGAUCCUGUCGUUAUACACCGCAUGCUGUCACCAUCAUGUGCACUCGUAGCCGAACCAAGACUCUCAUCGUCUGCAAAUCAAGAAGAACGGACAACUGUUGUUUCGAAUAAUACCGAUUCUACUGUUGAUACAAGAUAUGUCACAAGUCUAGAAAGGAAUCAGUCAGAAAUUGCAGCGGCAACUGAACCAAGUUUACAAAUAAGUUUAUCUACAAAUGGUGCCAGCAACAAUUUGCAGGAACGACAGGCAAAUCAACUAUAUUCAUCAACUAGCAGAGACAGAACUAGCUCUGCAACAGGGAACGAGAAUAGUCAAGAAACACAGACGUCCAAUGAAAACCAUAAUGCUACUGGUACCAGUUCAUGCCAGCAUAACACCGAAUUCGAAUCACUUGGAAUACACCUUGAAAAACCUAAGUAUCCAAACUAUGCCUGCUUGACUGUUAGGAUAAGUUCUUUUGAAGGCUGGCCAUCAUAUUUAGACCAAUCACCACGUCAGAUGGCUAUGGCUGGUUUUCUGUUUGCCGGUUACCAUGAUUAUACAAGAUGCUUUUUCUGUGGUGGCGGACUGCGAAACUGGGAAGCAGGUGACGAUCCAUGGGUUGAACAUGCCAGAUGGUUUCCAAAAUGUACUUUUCUGAAACAAAACAAAGGAGAAAAAUUCAUCAACGCCGUUCAGAAAAGACAAGCAAAAAUAGACCGAGAAACCAAUGCAACAAAUGAAAAUACACAAGAGACAGCACCGAGAGCUGAAACUUCUAACUCGGCUGUUAAUAACAGUACUACUAGUACAGCACAGAGUGACAUAUUACAAACUGUUGCUGCUAGAAGUGUCAUUGAAAUGGGAUAUACCGAUCAACAGGUUUUAAAUGCUUUUCAGCAUCUAACAAUUUCCGGAAAAGAUAUGUACAGCAUAUCAGCAACAGACGUAAUGCACAUUUUACUAGAUGGUGUUCCUCAUCUUCAACAACAAGGAGCCACAGCAGACGUUACUCCACAUGCCAAUAACACAAACAGUGCAGGUAACCAUAAAUCAGAUAGAACUGAGUGCAGUGGCAUAAAUAACCCAGUAAAUGAACACAAUUUACUGUUUGACGAUACAGAAAAUCUUUUAGAAGAAAACAGACAAUUGAGGGACCAGCGACUCUGUAAAGUGUGUUUAGAUCUAGAGGCAUCCAUUGCCUUUCUGCCCUGCGGACAUAUUGUGUGUUGUAUUGACUGUGCUCCUGCCAUGAGAAAAUGUCCCGUAUGUAGGACGUACGUAAAAGGAACUGUAAAAACUUAUCUUGCAUAAGUUAUAUUUCUCUGGAUCCACCAAUCAAAUGAUUAAGAUGACCUACUGACCUGUGGACAUAUUGUUUGCUGUAUUGACUGCGGUCCUGCAAUGAGAAAAUAUCCGGUAUGUCAAAGGAGCUGUAAAAACUCACCUCGCAUAAGUUAUAUUCUUAUGGAUCCAUAUAUAAAAUUCAUGUGCCAAAAUCAAAAGUAAAAUGAUUUACUCUUCUUGUUAUCAAAAGUCCAUUACUAAGAUCUAGUAAUGGACUACUGUUGUUAUUUAUCUUUUGUGUUUGUCUAUUGUAUUAUUGUAAAUGAAUUGUAUACAUGUAUUUAUUGUAAUGUUGUUCUUCUGUAUCUAUAUCAUAUAUCUAUGUACCCCUGUUGCGAAUUUAAGACGACUGCGAGUUUUUCGAAUAAAGUUAACAAAGUUUACAGACUAAGUUUUUUUUAAAUCAAUGAAUUUAUUUUGUUAUCAUUUUUCACAUAUAACACCUCUGUUAUUAGAUGUUAUACUUUUAUUUACACGUCACAGAAACUGACCAUAUGAUAUUGUAUAACCAUUACCAGAAAGGAACACAUAUCAAUUGAUAUUAUUCGAACAUUGUAUGUUUUUUGUAUUGUGAAUAGAUGAAUGGCUGCAUGAGCAUCAAAUGUAUUUAUAUAUGUUAACUUGACGAAUCAAGAGAUUUAAUUUCAUGUCAGAAAUCUUACUGAAUACUCAUUUAAUAAGCCACUGGACGUUAAACAGACAUCCAUCCAACCAUCAUGCCACAAAUGGAGCACCUUGAUAUAUAUUGGUGGCGUAUUUAAUGAGGAAUAAUUUUCAAAAGCUUUAAAUGCUUUGAUAAGAAAAAGGCACUUAAAUGCUUAAACAUAAAAAAAUAACCUAAAAGAUAUAUCAGUGUAUAUCUAUCAUAUUAGUCAAUUUUAGAGGAAAACAUUUGUUAGCGAUCAAAUUUCAUCAAUUUGGGAAGUUAGAUAUAGAUUUAGUUUGUUUUCGAUCUAUGAGUUUGACUGUCCCUCUGGUAUCUUUCGUCCCUCUUUUAUAUAUGUAAUUAUCAAAUGACUAACGCAUUUACACUGUGAAAGUAGUCAUACGUUUAUGAUACAUAUAACAUUUACAUCUUUAAAGUGAGGAUGAGAUAAAUACAUGUAAAAUAAAUUUCAAUCAUUCCGGAAGUAACAUGAUUUCAAACUGAUUAGUAAUAAAACUGUUUCCUCAUCGGCUAUGACGCUAUAUUAUCAGUGUUACUCUUUAAUGUUCCAAAUUUAGUCAAAGUCUUUCAGAAUUUUAUUUUAAUUUAUUCAUUUUUUGUUGAAUGCGUACCCUGUUAUCUUGAUUACCAUAAUUAGGUUUUUAAAAUUUAUUAUUGUUAAUUUUAAGGUUGACUUUUUAUGUACAUUGCUAGGGCAUAUUUAUGAUAUAUGAAAAUGUAGUUGUGUCAAACUGUUGUUACGUUUGUUGGUUAAAUCUCAGGUAAGAAACACUAUACUAAUUUUUGUUUAUUCAUAACUUGUGAUUCACUUUAUACAUGGUCACCUGACAAAACUGCACGAGAAAACUGCACGUGCUGAUUUUUUUAAUGAUUUUUUUGUUGACCAUUGUUUUAUAAUAAUAGUAAUUUCUUUCAGUAUUUUUUAUUGUUUAUAUUCUAAUAUCCAAUUGCAAAUAUUUGUUAAUGUUACUGUUUUUUUAUUGCUGUUAUUGUAGUUGCAUAUAUUUGCAACUGUGUUCACCAAAUAUCAUUACUCCAUUGUUAAUGAAACAUUAAAAAAAUAUUAUUCAA